AUGGAUACCAUCUUGGUUUUCAGCCCCAUCAUUACAUCCUAUGAUGCUAACAAGAAAGAACUCAGAGACAGCAGCUGCCAAGUGGAACUGCUGCCUCUCAAAGGCCAUGGCUGCAAAAAUCAAAGAGACGGGGUGAGGAAAGAGAAGGAGGAGGCACUCAAGCGGCUCUGCGUUAGAAAGAACAACCUCGGAGCAUCUCUCUGGGCUCCAUUUACUGCAGUCACCGAUCUUCAUGGGACCCACGGCGGGAAGGGGGAACAGCAGGAAGCUCAGACAGAAGCCAAAUGGCCCACAUUCAUCCUAAAUUAGACUGUGGCUACCUUGCAGUGUCUUGGUUCUAGGAGCAAAGUGAAAGUCAACCUUGUGUAUUUGGAAAAAAGGCGAAAGGUCAAGCACACUCUGAAGAACCUGAGAGAUGCUGUUCCCUGCAGAAACAGUACUGCCCCCCCAAGCUGUCACCUAACCCUCACAUCCAAGGUUCAGAUUGGAUCCCUUGUGACAGGCAAAGCUUUUUUUUUACCAGGGAUCUCCCAGUGUAAGGUCUAUCCAGUGAUGGGGGCUUCAUCAGAGACUUUCCCCACCACUACCACCUUCGUAACUCCUGGGAAAAAAGGAGAGAAAACUACAAGGAUUGAUGAUUUUUCUAACACAGAUGAGGACCUAGAGAAGAGGCAGACCUGGAGCAUCGUGGUCAAAUUUCUGAUUGCAGUCACCUUGCUCAGUGGAAUUGCCAUUACAGUGUUCGUCAUUUUUGAAGCCCCAGGCCCUAGUCAAUGCCUAGGAGCCAGAGAGCUAUGCCAAUGCCAGAGGUUGGGGAGAAGGCAAAGAAAGGAAGGCCAGCAACCUGGUGUAGCUGAAUCCCAGACUGACAGCCCAAAAAGGAAAGUUGGACAAGAUGCUCCCAAAUCAUCAAGCCCCAAGAAAGCUGCAGAGAUCACUGUGGUCCACGAGACAUACUUCUGA